CUCGAGAGCUUGGCUGGUGCCCGGGCUCCAGGAAGGAUCCGGAGAUGAGUAGCGAGCGAGAGGAUGGUCUCGCUCGUCUUGCCUACCGGGUUGGGUCGCAAGUAGCCUAACAGACCUCUCGGGCCUAGCUUGCCAUAGGCACCGCCACACCGGUCUAAUAUGGCCGCUGGUGCUAGGACCGGACCCGUUCGUAAAGAGCCAGGGCCAAGGUCCGGAGCCGGAGAUUGCUCCCGGCAUUCCUCGCGGGUGUAACGUGGAUUCCCUUCCCCCCAUUUCCGGGUCCCAAGAGAGGGAGACCCUGGGGUCUUGAAGAGAGUUCUGAGGUCGAGCUUGGUCGGUCCUGUGCGAGGAAUGACAGGACAUCCUGGGCAGUGAAACACAGGCCUUGGUGGCAGGAUGUAGGGAGAAGAUGUUGAAACGUCGUCAGCUUCGCGGCUGCUUUCUAGGGAGCCUUUUGGGUUGAAGUCAUUACCAGUACUAGGAUUUAACUGGACACCUGCCACCAUUGCAGCACGCUGAAACUUCCAAGUACAGCCUUUUGUCACUGAGACAAAGCUCUGAGAUAGUGUGUGUGCCUCUUAAGUUCAUCCAGGACUAGGGGUCUCCGCUGACAAGUUGUAUCCUUGAGCACACAGUGAAUUCUUUGCAAACGUGUAUUGCAGGUAACAUGGCUCAGGGCUUGAUUGAAGUGGAGCGAAAGUUUGUUCCAGGGCCUGACACGGAGGAAAGGCUGCAGGAGUUGGGGGGCACUCUGGAACACCGGAUCACCUUCCGAGACACCUACUAUGAUACUUCUGAGCUAAGCCUUAUGCGGUCUGACCACUGGCUGCGACAACGACAAGCCCAGCUCUUUGAACUAUUGGGGGCUGAGGAGCCGGAGAUUGCGGGUGUAGCUGCUGUCUUGGCUCCACUGAAGCUGCAGGAAGUAGCUAGUUUUAUAACUACACGAAGUUCCUGGAAGCUGGCCUUAUCUGGAGCCCAUGAACAGGAGCCACUGCUCAGAGUGGAUCUGGAUUCGACAGACUUCGGCUAUGCUGUGGGUGAGGUAGAGGUCAUGGUGCAUGAGAAGGCUGAAGUACCAGCAGCACUAGAGAAGAUCUUCAGCUUCAGUAGAAUGCUUGGAGUGCCAGCACAGGAGAAGGCACCUGCCAAGCUCUUGGUAUACCUACAGCGCUUCAGGCCUCUGGACUAUCAGCGCCUGCUGGAAGCAAACGGCUCCAGUGAAGCCACAGGGGACUUCACAUCGUGACAGCAGUUUAUGGGCGUGGGGCUCAUUUUCUAGGAGGGAAGGGAUCUCUCUGAAGCUGCCAUCCACACCUGGACCCACUGUGCCCCUUCCCUUACAACAGAGCCACAUUUGUCUCCAGUUCUACCUGGCCUUUCACCCAUUCUCAGCCUCUCUUCCCUGAGCCCUCCCUCACUGCUUCCCUCAUCCGUCAGAUGCAAUCUGUGGGCCGCCCCUCUCCCCUGGCCGCUAAGCAGCCUCCAUUGAUUUCCGCUCGUGUUUAUAGGAUUUCCACUUAGCCGUGAUCAGUAGUUAAGCACGGGAAAAUCCCUUGCCACCCCCCUCCCGUGGUCGAUGCCAUUGAUUCUGCCAGCAGUUCUGAAGCUGCCUUACAGCUGAGUUAGAGAUGCUGGGAAGCAGCAGGGAUUUCCCUGCCUUGGGGUGUAGGGAAUAGCAACAAGGUGGGGAAAUGGUUGGGAACUUCUGUUAGAAAUCUGGAAAUUCUGCUGGGUCUGCCACUGUGCCCAGAGGGUAGACCGCCCUGUGUGGCAGUUGAGAGAUAAAUUUGCUCUCCAACCCAGAGAGGGGUAGAAAGAAAAUCAUCAUUGUUGAGACAGGUUCCUGGGGUUUCAAGAAGUCAUACUUCCCGUGGAGAAGGCUCUACCCUUGUUCCUACACAUUUCUUUCUCACCAGGUCAGGAUAUGCCUUUUACCCCCUCCCUCAGGUUUCGUAGGUUUCCAUCAUUUGUCGGGGAAGAGGCAGUCUCUUCAGAUUGUGGUGACAAAUAUAGGGCUGGAGUGCCACCUGCUGUCAGCCCUCAGGGGCUGUGUUCUCAGCUGACGGCGUGGAAAGAUUUUAGGUGAGUUGAGGCAGUUUUGAGGCAGGCUAGUUCAGGCAACAGCUUAGCCACCCGGAACUGCACUUGGUUUGAACUGUAUACACCUUUCAUCUAACAAUGCACUUGCUAUCCAAGGAUUCUCCCCUGCAUGUGCACACAUCCUUCUAACAACGCACCUAGGACCCCCACCUGUAUUGAGUUAUGUUUAAUGUCCCACUUCCAACAAAGGAAUAGGCCUCUCCUCCCCCGGCAGCCAUCAAAAAGUACCCUUUUUUGGACAGUUUUUUAUUUGACAGUUUUUAUUCAAACAUUUUAGAAUAUAUCCGAGUAUGGAAAACGGAGCUGACUGGGCUUGGGUUUGGGUGCAAGCAGAGUAAGGCAGACUGUGUCCUUCAGGUGAACUUUUAUGGAGAGUCCCUAUUUACCAUCCCAUGCCUAUGCAGAAUGAGCAUUUGAUUAAAAUCAGAUGCAUCAUGGGAAAGGUCAUGCACAGUGAGGAAAGGCUUACAGAUCCAAACCUGUCAGUUAAAAUAGAGACCACUCAAAUUAUGCCACUUAGCAAUGAACUCCCUUCCCUUAAAACUCCAUUAAAGAAGCAUCAGGCAAUAACCCCGGGCCCUUUUGUACUGUGGCCAUUGCCUGUCACAGUGUAUUUCUGAUUUGUAUCAUCACUUCACUUUUGAAUAAAGUUUCCUUGCUAUUGGCAA